AUGAUGGCCAUCACGUGCGGAUACAUUUACGAGUACUACCAGAAGAACAAACCGGAGCCCGCGAUUCCCGUUCAAUCGUGGGAGAAAUAUGUGAAAAUGCGGAAAGACAGCGGCAAGGAUUACUGAAUUCUUAUUAUUCAAAAGGUGUUUUGUUAGGCUAUAUUUUUUGUUGUUUUGCAAAAUAAAAACGUUACGCUUUUCGGGGUUUGAAGUUGUCUCGGUUCUGGUUUCAUUCCUAAUUCUUUUUCGAUUCUGGUCCUUUCAAUAUCACGUUUCUUCUUAAGAUCUUCAUUUUCAGAUGUCACAAACAGGCCCGUUCAUCCGAGUUAACACAGUCAGUGCGCCGCUGAAAGGUUCGUUCCCGCUGGAUCACGAGGGCACUUGUAAACUGGAAAUGCUCAAGUAAAUAGAUAAAUGACGAUGUCCUUCGCCAAAGAUUCGGUUCUUUUCAGCUACAUGGUGUGUCUGCACGAGAAGAAGCAGCAGAACAGUGAGUGUCGCCACGUGGCAAAGGACUACUUCGAGUGCCGAAUGCAGCACGGUUUGAUGGACAAAGAGGAAUGGCGGAAGCUCGGCUACGGAGAAUCACCGGCCACCGAGAAGCAGCAGAUUUCGCAAUGA